AUGUCAAAUGCAAAUCUGUCUCAGACCAACAUCACCGUUGGACGGGGGUUACUGGAACGAGUGUUAUUCUCCACCGUGACCACCGUGCCGUGCUGUGUGUUUCUCUUCAUUAACGGGACCAUGUUGUUCACCUUGAGGAGUAAAACUGUGUUUUGUGAGACUUCCCGUUACAUUCUGCUGUUUAACCUCCUUUUUGCAGACACCGUGCAGCUGGCACUGAGCCAGUUACUUUACAUCCUGGCUGCUGUCGGACUGAGGCUGACGUAUCCUUUAUGUGGAGUUCUCACCAUGCUGUCUAAUCUCACUAAUGAGAUCUCUCCCCUCACCCUGGUGGUGAUGUCUGUGGAGAGAUACGUAGCUGUGUGCUACCCACUGAGGCACUCCACCCUCGUCACCAUCAGGAACACAGAGGUGGCCAUCGUCGGGGUUUGGGUCUUCAGUUCUCUAAAUGUCCUCACUAAAGUCAUUCUCCUGUUAAUGUUUCCAUUUCAAAACCUGGAGAGCCUGGAGAUGAGAGAUUUCUGUGCUAGAGAAAACAUGCUACUGGACCGGAUAUCUGACGAUUACCACAAAGCAUUCACCUAUUUUCUGUUUGUGUCAGCGGGGGUGGCGGUGACCUCCUCCUACAUCGGUGUGAUGAUAGCAGCCAGGUUUGCCUCCACAAACAAAGCUUCAGCCCGAAGGGCUCGUAACACCCUGCUGCUGCACCUGGGCCAGCUGGGCCUCAGCCUCUCCUCCUCCAUCUACAACCCCUUACUCACAGCUCUGUCAAAGGUUGUACAGAGGAUAGUGUUGGUGCGCAUUCAGAUUGUUCUCUAUGUGUGUAUUGUCAUCUUCCCCAGGUGUCUAAGUGCUCUUAUCUAUGGCAUCAGAGACCAGACCAUCAGACCCAUCCUCAUAUGUUACCUAUGCUGUCGACUGAAACUCAAUCCUCUUAGUCAACGCUGA